AGAGAACCACAGAAUCGUACAUUUUCCUAUGACCUGAGCGUAAUGAGGGAAGAAAAGAGAGGGAGAUUAUUAUGUCGUAAGGAAUCUUACAAGGUGUUCCAGUAACUUGGUCCUUGUUUCUCAUAGAACAUUAGUCUGUGGUUACUUUCGUCGGUAUUAACUACCGUUGGAAAUGGUCUUCGCUAAUUGUGAUUACGUUUAGAACAGUCUUCUGAAUAAUUAUACACGAAAGUUAUUUAACUAUACGAUAUUUAGUGCGAUAUUCGUUGUGUUUAUUCCAUACACGUGUGUACGAGAAAAAAUAAAAAAUCACCGAAAGAAAAAUAUUAUUUAUUCGCGAGUUCAUUCGUCCGUCUGAGUUUUCCAGUGCGCUGUUGUUGUUCUUGUUAUUGGUGCUAUCCGGUGUUUGGUUUUUCACUCGAUUUUUCCGCGCUUCUCAAUCAUUUCUUUUUUGUUUUCAUUUUCUAUUUUUGUGUGUGCGCGGAUAUUUCGAAUGUAAAUCGGUCUCCGCAUUACUCGAUUGACAAUGAUGAGAAGAAAAUUUAAAGUGAAAUAUUAAAUUUAAUUUUUCGUAUCGAUUGUGUGUGUGUGUGUGUAAUUUGUUGGUUCGCUUACGUGCUGAAUACUCGCUUUCAACAUGUUAAUUAAAGACACGAAUAAUAUAAAUACUAUACCAGAUGUGUCGCCAGACGUAGUAGCCAUGGACCCGAGAAAUGGUAUAGUAAAUCCGGCAUUUCAACCUCCAUCUUUACUGUCGCAACAGAGCACAGUAUAUACCAGGAGGCAACAAGCAGUCUGCGUCCGGCACGCCUUCAAGCAUUACGGCUCCAAGAAAAAACCCAACCAUGUUUUAAGCGACUUGAACAUGACCGUUGCUAAAGGCACAAUAUACGGUUUACUCGGAGCUAGUGGCUGUGGAAAAACUACCCUGCUCAGUUGUAUAGUAGGCAGACGUCAAAUAAAUGCCGGCGAAAUAUACGUACUUGGUGGAAAGCCAGGUACGAGAGGGAGCGGAGUUCCUGGAAAACGAGUUGGUUAUAUGCCUCAGGAAAUAGCUUUAUACGGUGAAUUUUCAAUACAAGAAACAAUGAUGUAUUUCGGCUGGAUUUUCGGAAUGCAAACAAAAGAAAUAAACGAAAGGCUGCAAUUUUUACUUAACUUUCUAGAUCUACCUAGCCAAAACAGACUUGUAAAAAAUCUCAGUGGCGGUCAACAAAGAAGGGUAUCGUUCGCUGUAGCUUUAAUGCAUGAUCCUGAACUGUUAAUUUUAGACGAACCUACAGUAGGAGUCGAUCCUUUACUGCGUCAAAGCAUAUGGAACCAUUUGGUUCAGAUUACUAAAGAUGGCCAUAAGACUGUUAUAAUUACUACUCAUUACAUAGAAGAAGCUAGACAAGCGCAUACAAUUGGUUUAAUGCGAAGUGGACGAUUACUAGCCGAAGAAGCUCCACAAGUAUUAUUAUCAAUAUACGGUUGUCAGUCUUUAGAGGAAGUAUUUUUAAAAUUAAGUCGUAAACAACAAGGCACAGAAUCAAAUAAUGUUCAAGAAAAACAAAACAACACUACCUUAGCCCCAUCAAAUUGGUGUAAAAAAGAUGAAUCCGUAUAUAUUACCGAAGAAAAAGGGAUCAUUGGUAUUAACUUUCAUCAGUCAAAAGAAGCUCAAUUUCACGAUCCCCAAAUGAACGGUUAUUACGAUCAUAAUACUACCAUGAAUGGUAAAGUGAUGCCAAUGGACGAGCCAGCUGAAAGUGUUAAUAGUCUUAGUGCCUGUUUCCAGUUAACGACUGUAGGCAAAACGCAAGCCUUACUACAGAAGAAUUUCCUACGAAUGUGGAGGAAUGUAGGUGUGAUGCUUUUUAUUUUUGCGUUACCAGUAAUGCAAGUUAUCCUGUUUUGUCUUGCUAUUGGGCGUGAUCCAACCGGUCUACAUCUUGCCAUAGUUAACUCAGAAAUGAAUUUCGAAACUAUGGAAUGUCCAGUGUAUAAUAAUUGCAGUUUUAAAUAUUUAAGUUGUAGAUAUUUGAAUGCGUUACCAAAAGAUACCAUAGUGCAGGAUUACUAUAAAGAGCCGGACAGUGCGAUAAACGCUGUCAGGUCGGGAGAUGCUUGGGGAGCGAUUUACUUCACCGAGAAUUUCACCGAUGCCUUGGUUGCCAGAAUGGCUCUGGGUAAAGAAGCCGACAACGAGACUUUAGAUCAGAGUGAUGUCAGAGUAUGGCUCGAUAUGUCAAAUCAACAAAUCGGCUUGAUGCUCAAUCGAGAUCUGCAGUUAUCGUAUCGAUCAUUUGCUCAAGAAUUAUUGAAACAGUGCAACGAAAAUCCAAAACUGGCUGAUAUCCCUAUCCAAUUUGGGCCACCAAUUUAUGGUUCAGAAGAUCCUAGUUUUACCGAUUUCGUCGCACCUGGAGUAAUCUUGACAAUCGUAUUCUUCUUAGCUGUGGCAUUAACUUCAUCUGCAUUGAUCGUAGAACGAACUGAAGGUUUACUCGAUCGAAGUUGGGUUGCCGGUGUCACGCCAUUCGAAGUAUUAUUCUCUCACGUAAUAACGCAAUUUGUAGUCAUGUGUGGUCAAACGGCUUUAGUAUUAAUAUUUAUGAUCGUCGUAUUCCAAAUCGAAUGCAGAGGCGAUAUCAAUUUAGUAAUCAUUCUAACCAUUCUUCAAGGAUUAUGUGGAAUGUGUUUCGGUUUCGUUAUAUCGGCGUGUUGUGAAUUGGAACGAAAUGCUAUUCAAUUAGCUUUGGGAAGCUUUUAUCCAACGUUAUUGCUCAGUGGUGUUAUUUGGCCUGUCGAAGGUAUGCCACAAUUGCUACAAUACAUAAGUAGCAUUUUACCUUUGACCAUGGCUACGACAUCGUUACGUAGUAUACUAACCAGAGGGUGGAAUUUAGGCGAAACGGACGUGUAUUUAGGAUUCAUAUCGUCGGCCACGUGGAUAAUCAUAUUCUUAACCAUAAGUAUGUUAGUCUUAAAAUUCAAAAAAGGUUAAACGAAUGAUCGCCGUCUUCGUGAAAAUCAAAACAAAAAACGAAUUAUUAUUACCGUUUUGCCCUCCCAAUUAUUUUGUUUUUUAUUAAUGUUUCCAAUUAUGCGAUUGUUACUAUGUAUUGUUGUAUAGAAGGAUACGAGCGCGGGUAAAAAAUUAAAUCGCGAAAAAUUGCCACAAAUAAAUUUCGCGUUAUUUUUUAUUCGUACGCGUUCGCGAGUGUGUUUAUUUGAUUAUAAUACCGAUUACGAUAUUUGUUCAUCUUAAGUAAUAGGUAUGUGUUGUAUAAAUGUGUUAGUUUAUUAUCUACGCGAUGGUUAAAAACAAAAACGAAAAAAAAAAUGUACGUACUAGCGUAGGCCUCUAGUAAGUUCGCUAGAUACUUUUGUCGUAAGUAUUCGUGUGUACGUGUAUUGGUGAUUUUAUUUCUUCGCAACGACUUUAUAAGGGGGUGUAUUGAUAAUUAUGGCCAAGUUUUAUUAUAUUUCUUUUUUCUUUUGUUAUUUUUUUUCUUUUUAAAUUUUUUUUUCCUAAUGCGUAUGUGUAUCCCAAGUGAAAAACGGCCUUUAGCGAUUGCUUUCGCGUGAUAGUAAGUUUAGUAAUAUUGUCGUCGUCGUCGUCGUUCUCGUGUAUUUUUUUUUUAAAUUUUUCGUUUUCGGACGAAUUAUUCUCGUGAUAUGUAUUACAGCUCCUUCGCAGAAAAUCUUAUUUCGUGUGCCAUUUACCUAUGUAAAAAUUCAUGUGUAAAUCUGACAUGACAAAAUCGCUCAAGGCCUUUUCACUUAACAGGGAAAAGUAUUAUUUUAUUUAUAUUUUUACGUUUUAUCAAAUAGCGAAUAAUUUUAACGAUAAUUAUUAAAUAAUAGUAAUAAUGGUAAAAAAAACAGCAAAAAAAAGAACAAUAUGUGAAAUAAAGAACACAAAAUAUCUCGAUUUCAGUAUACAUAAUAUGAUGAAAACAAAAUAUUACCAACACUGAAAAAUAUAUAUAUCGCCCAUUUUUUUU